UGCGCGCCCGACGCGCUGACGGUGCGUGCGUGUGACGGUGCCAGUGCGCGCCGGCGCGAGUGUGCGUAUGUGCGCGUCCGCGUACGAGGUGCGCGCGCGGUGUGUCCAUCCGUCCGCACUGUACGAUUAUAUCCACCGACUGUACGUACACGGUGCUCGCCGCCGACCGAGUGUUGUUAUAUACUUAUAUCGGUCUGCCCACCGGUUAUCGCGUAUUACCCGCCGCGCGCAGACGGGUCGACUUUACGCGAUCGCCGCCGUCGCACCGAGUAAAAGUUUUGCCGGUCGCGGACGGGCCACCGUGUGUGACAUUAGAAUGACCGGUUCGUCACCACCCGCCACCACCGCAGCAACCGCCGUAGUAACGUCGCCGUCCCGCCGCUGUUCGCCGUCGCCGUGUCCGCCGUUCUUUGCCGCCGUGGAGAUGACGCGCACCGUAGCGUAAAAGCCGCCGCCGCCGCCGCCUCGCCGGUCGCCCCGACAUCCGUCGUCGUCGUCGUUGUCGCCGUCGUGUAAAUACAUAAAUGGCAUCGUUGCCGCAACCCAAGUUCGAACCAAAAGCCCCCGACAAAAGCUCGUCGGCGGUCGCGUGCGACGUUAACAAGAAAAUCCUAGAAUCCGCCGACUGUUCGAACAACAACAAGUCCAAAUCAUUAUCGCUGGAUUUAUCGAAUUUGAACACUGCUAGUUUUAAGUCCUUAUUAGAAGAAGUGGUCGCAUAUGAUACGGCUAAACAGACUAAAAGCGAAUUGUAUAAUAAUCUGCUAGAAGAUGUGACUCAAAAUGGAGAAGAUGAUGUAAAGCGACCAUUACAUAAUCAACGAUUAGUUGAUAGCCAGACUGAUCUUGAUAAGUUAUCAUCUAAAGACCAACACAUUAAGGAAAAUUCUUCUCUUGAAGCUUUCGAUUUAGCACCUGACUUCAAAAAACGGCUGUCUGGUGUCACUACCAAAGUGAGCGCCCGUCAACUAGAGGGAGGUUCUUUGCCAAGUCAUGUCAAUCAUGCACAAGCUAUAUCUGUGUUGAUAAAUAAAAAAAAUACCCAAAAUACUCGUAAGAGAAUUGCAGAGUCAUCAAAAAUGGCUAAAAAUGUAGAUAAAGUUGUUGAUCUUGGAGAUUUUGGGUAUGAAGAAAUUCAGGUAAAAGAUAUGUCAAAUUAUACUAGUCAUGCAAGUUUGGAAAUCUGUCCUGCUAAAGAUGAGACUAAAAUAGAUGAACGAUUUACUACACCAUUACUGUGCAAGCAACCAAGUCAAAAUUAUGAAGACCAUGAUUCAUACAUGGAAAUAGAUGCUUCGCCGUACACUAAAGAUUCUAAAGACGGAAUGACUAAAGUACUGCCACGGACUUCAGGUGAGGGCGAUCAAGACGUGAAAAACUGUUUACAUCAGCCAGCUACAGUGGUAACGGAUUUUAAUAAAGAUGCACAAAUGAUAGACCAUCGUUUGUUACACCUAUUUGGAGGCCAAAUUAAUUGCUAUCAAAAUCCUUAUAACGGAUUUUCACAACCAAUGAGUUUGCAUUUUUUAACACCAAAUGAUAACCUAGGAUUACAGACUGCAUAUAAUAUUAAUAAUAAUAAUAAUAAUAAUAGGAGAAACAAUACUGAAGAUACUAGUAAUACUGCACUUAAAAGAAAUAAACAAAAAAAGGAAUUAAAGAAGAAAGAUGAAGUUGUUCGCUCUGAAGAUAUUCAAGGGUAUCGAGGGGACAAAAAUAUUGAUGAAAUCUUAAAAUUCAUUGGAGAUAAAAGUAGUGAUAGUAAAAAAAAUAAAGGUAGCAAGACUAAAAAUAAAAUUAAAAGUCGAAAUGGAAAAGGUUCUGAUGACGAUUGUGGUAGGCCAAAAAAUGGUAAAAUGAAAAUGACCAAGUAUAAUAGUGUUGAAGAAGUAUCUACAACAGUCUUUCAACCAAUAGAUAGUUCAGACGAUGAGUCAAAAUCAAUUAAAAGUAGUAAAAAAAGUAAAAAAAAAGUACCAAAACAAAACCAAUCUUCUAAGAAAUUUGCAUCUACUGAACAGAGACUUGAUGUCUUAUCAUCAGAAUCACAAGAUACUGAUUCUGCUGAUUUUUUGUUGGUUACCAAUAAACAAAGGAGAAAAAAACAAAAAUCACAAAAUAAAUUAAAUGCGACCACUAGUAAUUUUCCUCCCCAUGACUCAUAUUUAUUGUCACAGUAUACACAACCUAAAAGUGUAAAAAAUAAAAAAAGAAGAAAAUCCACAUCUUCAAUGCCUCAUUCUGAUAAAUCUGAAGAUAACUCUGAUCUAGAUUCUGUGCAUUCUUUGCCUGCCUCAUCUACACCUUCUAAACAGCCAUCAUAUAAAGAAGCUCCUAAAACUGAUUUGACUAAACCAGCCUGUGUAGUUACCACUUCUGAAGAGUCAAUACCAACAGUUACUGUUGCAUUACCACAACGAAAUGCUGACAGUAUAGUGAGUAAUGUAAAUUACGAUAAUGAAUGUAUCAAUGGGGAUGUACAUGUCACCUAUAUAGUGCAUGAAUCCCAGAAAGCGGAUGUAGAGACCGCUAAAAAGACUGCCGUUUUAAACAAAGUUCCUGCAGCGAUCCCCCCACAGAGCGCCUCGCUUACUGUGCGUGUACCGUCAAAGAAAAAACAAAGCCCAAUUAUGUAUAAUAAGUAUGAGGUGGAUACAAGCCUGUCUUUUGGAUUUGAAAUUGACCAAAAUUUACUGUGUGAUAGCGGUAAUGAUUAUUCACCCCCAGUAUCAAUUCCUAUGCCUAUAGAGUACAACUAUAAAGAAGUGAUAUUGUUCAUCAAACAAGCUUGGCAAGAUGUUGAAAAAGAGAAAAUCAAUGGUAGAUCAAAUAUUUUGGAAUACAAACGAGAUAACAGCGGUGUUGUUGGGGACAUAUGAAAUUUUUGCCAAAUAAUGUUAUGAUUAAACAUAAUUUGUGUUUGACAACUUAUCAUAUUUUGUAAUAAAUGAUGAAUUUUUUUCAUUCCACAGAAAAAAAUUCUACAGAAUUCGUUAAUAUUCUUCGAUAAAUUUUUAUAUAUCAUAGUAAUUAUUUAUGUAUGUAAUUUGUAUAUAUAUUUAUAUUAAGAAACAAUGUUAAAAUUACUCUUCUCGAAAAAAACAAAACAAAAAACUUUAAUUUAAAAUGGUGAUUAUAUCACUUGAAAUAUUUCUUUUUCGGUAAAUAUUGUGUAAAUGAUUGUUAAUUUAAAAGGUCAUUACAUUUUUUUCUUUUGUUAAGUUUGUACGUUCAAGUUUGUUUCGCUUAUUUAAAAAUGAUAAUUAUAUUUUGAGGGCAACUAAAAACCUGGCCACAAAGUUAAAUUUGUGAGUUAUUCAAGUUGGUGGUUAACGCGUCAAUAUUAACAUUUUUUUUUGAUGUACUUACAAUACUUAUUUGUUUCAAAACUUAAAAAUUGUAUUUGUUUACCUUACAAAAUAUUUUGUACAUCAUGUGUUAGGUUUUUGUUUCAGUUAUAUUUAUGUGUAACUCAUCUGUAAUAAACUGAUUUGAUAACAGAUAA